CUUCAGUUCCGACCAAAGGAGCCCUUGUCGCUAAGAAAAUUGUGCCCUCUUGAUCCAGCUCGAGGCCCAUAAAGGCUCAAUGCAGCAAGCCCUGCUUUUUCUCCGUUGGCAGAAACAUUUUACAGAUUAAAUCAUCCACGAUCACGAAGGCCAACCAGGAGACGUUUCAAUAUUUGUGCAGAACAGAGGUUUAUUAGAAACUACGCAGGGACGGUAACUGACAGAAAGUUGUAGAUGCAGUGUAACGAGGUUGAAAAGUGCUGCUACCAAUGGAUACCGUUGUUACCGCGCGCCCCGAGCUGAGGUUGAUCUACUUGUUCGGCUAUGAGCUUCGAGUAGGUGUAUUACAAGAGGAUUUCCGAAUUUUCCAUCUCAGGUUUUUAUUUGAUUUUAACAACCUCGAUAUGGGAGGAUGAACUUCCGUCGAAGUUUCGCAGCUUGUGCACGCAAAAACAGUUACAUGUUUGUAAACGCAAAGGUAAAAAUUAUAUGAUCCUCAAUGAACCAACCAGAAGUCCGUGCUACCGGGACGUAAUGCACCUAGUUCAGUUUGGCGGGAAACCGCUUCAAGGAAACGUGAUGAGUCAUAUAGAACCCUUUUGAGGUGACAUCACGCCUUUAAAUCGCACUUUCCAUCAGUCACAGUUUGUGCCAGUACAUUUGAGGUCUGCCAAUAGAUUUUGAUGCUACAACAGUGAAAUAACCCCUAACGAGAGCCAUGCGACUCCAAGUCAUCCUCGCUUUUCUUUGUGCCACCGUGUGCAGUGCCGUUUAUGCUAAAGGAGUAAGACUAAGACGAGACAAAGAGAGCUCGGAAUCUAGUGAAGAAGGUUCUAGCCAAGAGCGUCUGUAUUGUGUUCGCCACGCCGAUGGCAAAGUGAGGCUCUACAAGAAUUUGUGUUCCAUUCCCAUUGAACCGAAUGAAAAAGUCAAAUUUCUUUAUCUUGAGAGCUGCGACGAUUUUAGAGUCCGUCCCCAGUUCGUGCCAAAACUUAACCCCAUCACGCCAGAGGAAGUUGAUCCCAACCAGUAUCUGUGUGGACUGAAGGAUGGACAUUUCGACUGGUAUUGCAGUCCCUGUGCACUAGAGCGAAACGGAGCCGUUUACGUGCAUAAAAGAAGCCACAAAUGCCCACCAAAGACGACAUGUAAACCUGAUCCACACAGCAUGCCGCCAGAAGAUGAGCUCGCAGGCACCGUACCUUCCCCCACCGAAUCUCCUGGCAUCCAACCCCCUACCGCGUGGACAACGGCCAGUUGGCCGCCCUUCAGACCUCCAAGCACCCACAGCGUACCUCUAACAACCAAGCUUCCACCAACCAAAGCUCCAAGCACCAAUCUCCCUACUUCCAAAGCAACAUUUAUUCCAUCGCUAUCCACCCAGCAUGAAGUAACCAAUCCUAAAAGUAGCCAAACCCCCGGCAAUUCGACGCCUAUCACUUUGCCACCUGUCGGGCUGCCAGGCACCCACAACGUUCCCCUUACCACCCACCAACCACCUACCGAACUUCCCAGCACCAAACUGUCUUUCUCUUCCACAGUAGUCGCUUCGGCAACCUUCGAACCCCUAAGCACUCACACUGCACUUCUUUCUACCCUGCAUCCACUAACCGAACCACCAAGCCAAGCACCCACCAUCAAUCAUAAACCCACCGAGCCUCCCACCACAACCCACCAGCCUCCUGACUUUCCCACACCCCCAUCCUCCCCACGUUCCUAUGAACCUCCUGGCAGUCAGACGCCAUUCACAACCACCAACCCUACGGCAUCAAAAUCAAGCUUCCCUAAACCGCCAGUCGAACCCCCAUCAGCCGGUCCACCCUCUCCCGAGCCCAGAACAAGCAAAGCCCCCAGAUUGACGGGAGCACAAACCCCAUCUUCACCGACUCCUCGCUCCCAUUUCCCUCCCCUCCAACGAUUCUGCAUUCCAAAGUCACAAGGCAGAUACACGUGCCAGUGCCCGACAGAUGAGCGACCACCAGUUAUUGAAUUCGAAAUGCCAAGCAUCUUAAAACGCAAAAUGCAAUUUUAAAUGUCCUGUUAAUAAUCUGGUAAUUCGUGUCACACCUCACUGUUCUAUUGAACGACGUGUAGGCAGUCUGCUGAUCUGCAUAAGGCAAAAGAACAAGAAAGCUUCUUUUUUGUUUAUCUCGAAUGAUAUGAACUGCACAUGGAAUCAAUUUAUGAUGACCUCCAAACAUGCUUACUGCAUUGCUGCUGGUUGUACAAAGACAUGCAGAGGAAAGUUUAAUAAAAGAAAUGGCAGUGGAACAACACAAAAUUACUUUUCAAGAGACAUUAAUGUAAUUUUUUUCAUUAAUCAAAAUGUUCUUUCCAAAGAAGUAACUAGAGUUGAGAUGUUUAUUUUUAAAAUCAGGUCCUUUAAAGGAUCCAGGAAAUGAAUUUUUCGUGGAAUCAUUUUUUGUGCAUCUCUCUACUCUUCUUCCAUGUAUGAAGAUUGCUUGACAUCUUUUUUGAGUUACGUGAACUGAAUGGUGCACUUUUUCAAACAUUAAAAAUUGACCAAGAAUUUCUGGCAAGUGAGGGCGCUUUUGCUUUGAUGUAAAUCCAAGAAGACAUGGUUCAGCUUCCAUGUUUUCAUCUGAGAACAUUUCUGUGAAAAGGAUUUUUGCUGGAUUAUUGCCAUACACUUGCACAGCAGUAAAAUGCCAAAGAAAAAAAU